UCCAGGGCCGGCGAGCCCCAGGCUGCUCCGGUAGGUCUGGCGUGCGCGGGUUUUGCACAUUUGAGGCGAGCUUGCACGUUACACCACCGAUGCAUCUCUCCUUGCUUGCUUAUGUUGCCACCACUUAGGCCUUUAUUGCAGAAACCGUCGUAGACUCUUGAGGGCCACGGAAUCGAGAUGACCUUGGUGACUGAUUUGCAAACUCCGGGCAGAUCUGCGUGCACUGGUUGAACACAAACGCGUGUUGUAGAUUUAAUUUUUCCCUGUUAGCGUCCCAGAACGGGUCUCCCCAGCCCGACUGGAAGCCGAGGGGUGAAAACUCAGAAAAGCAGUUACUCUUUCCUGGUGAAGCUUCUAGAAGAGCAAGAAUAGCGACAAGAUUAUGCCUGCAACCCCAUAGAGAUUUGUCUCUGUCUUCCCCCCUACAGUCGUGGCCUGUUAACCUUCUUGUGUUGUUCAUUGCCAAAAUGAGUGACCGCUAUUUAGAACAAAGGAUUAGUAUCAAAUUUUGCGUGAAAUUGAACAAGUCUGCAAGUGAGACCCACCAUCUUUUAAAAGAAGCUUAUGGGGAUGAAGUCAUGUCAAGGGCCAGAGUUUUUGACUGGCACAAAAGGUUUAAAGAAGGGCGGGAAGAUGUUCGAGAUGAUGCCCGAAGUGGUCGUCCAGUGACCCACCGGACCGAUGAAAACAUCCAGAAGGUCAAGGACUUGGUUUGUUCAAACAGGCAGUUAACGGUGAGGAUGAUGGCUGAAGAAUUAAAUUUAGAUAAAGAAACUGUUAGACUGAUUCUGAAAGAAAACUUGAACAUGAGGAAAGUUUCUGCAAAAGUUAUCUCCAGUAUUUUGAACGAUGAGCCUAAACCUGGAAAACUUGACUUCAGGUCUGAUCUUUCAAAGGAAACUAGGAAAAAUAGUUUGUGUGUGAGGAAAAAGGUAACAAGUUCUGAAACACGGAAUCAACAGGGCGAAGCUGGUGGGGAAAUGCCCCUGCCUGUAUCCCAUCCCAGAAUCCACCACCCUGCCAGCCAGCUUCUGCAGGCCUCAUCUUCAACGAGCCUUCCCACCAGGGUAGCUCAGGAUUGGUUCACACCGUGGUGAGAGGUAGCUGAACCGGAACUAGGGAGCUACCUCACUGCUAGGCACCCUUUGCUGCUCACCUGUUCUCAGUCUUUACCACUUCUCCCUAGGUGUCAAGGCCCUCCUAGUUACUCUUUGCUGGACUAUUGGACCGUAAUUCCUUGCUGUUCUUCACAACUUUGAGGAACUUUUGGCUGUUGACUUCUGGUACUUGCACGUUUGUGAUUUCUUUUGCCUAACAAUUGUGGAUCUUUUCACUGCCCAGAGCUUAGCUUGCUGUGGCUGUCCUGUUCCUUUGUUCUCAAGAUUCUGCCAGUGAGAAGUGGGAACAGGAUCUCCUGGCAUCUGUAUCUCUGUGCCCAGGGAGGCAUGCUCUUCUUGGAGGACCCCAAAAGAAGACUUACAGUUUUAGCCUGCUGCACAGUCAGGGCCUGAGGUAUGGUACAGAAGGCAGUGGCAUGCUGACAUAUUGAGCUAUGCUGGGCCUAAGGGCUGAUCUGGCUCAGAUAACUCAGUGGGAGCCCCUUGGAAGUCAGGGGUUGACCACCAGUGCUGAUCUUCUCACAGAUCUAUGCCUCACAGAAGGGCUGGAUUUGUUUCAUUUUAGUCGUCUGCUUUGGACCUCCACUCAUUUUAGUAUCCCCUCUGCUGGAAGAGGAGGAUCUGGUCCUAGAAAAUAAAAACCAGGGAUCCAGGCCUAGGCUGUGAUGUGUAGGGAGGAAGACCAGGUGACUCUCUAGACUCUGAACUAAGGGAGCUGCUGUCUAUGUGCUGAUUCCCACACAGCAGCUUGUUUUUACUAACUGAUGCGAAUUUGUAGAUGUGUUUUGAGAACUUGCUAUUUUUAGAACACUGCUGGGCAUUGACAAUGUGAGGUUGUGGGGUUUUUCUUUUAUGAGUCAGGAUCUUGCUCUGUCACUCAAGCUAGAGUGCAGUGGUAUCAUCAUAGCU